AUGCUGUCUAUUAGCGAAACAGAUGAGGUUGGAUCGAUCUUUUCUUGGACUUCUGAAGAGAGACAAUUCGAUCCGGUCGAAUCAGCGGACUCCUCCUCGUUUUGGCCCGAUGACCAAGCCGAAUCGAUCCUUAGCAUGGAUGGGGAAAGCGCAAUAUCGUCGGGCGUGGAGCGUUUUAAUGACUUCCAGCAAGCAGAAAGUGACUUCGAGGAGCUCACCGACGAUGACUCUGGGUCGAUCGAAACUAGCGAUAAGCAGGAUGGGUCUCAUGAGGAAGAAUCAGGCCUCGCUACUCUGAAGAAAAUCGAAGCUUUCGCCUUGGACAUCUUGCAACAAAUCAAUCGCUCCGGAAAGUAUCAAGCUCUCCGCCAAGGCUCGCCAGGCGGGUCCACGAGGAAGAAACUACCCAUAGUCGUUUUACUAAAAGACCGAUCUUCACCAAGGAAAGUCUUGCGUUUCUUCUUACAUUCUUUCCUGUUAUCAAUCAUUCCGGAGAAGCACCGCAAACUGCGUUUCCCGAGAGAAACUCGCAACCGAGGUAGUGGAUCUGGCGCUCGAGAGCUAGCCCAACUUUUCCGCGUCAUGGAGCUCUCGCAUGAUGCAAUUUUGGGAAAAAUGAUCAUGACCAAGCGGGAUGUGUUCUACAACGAUGUAAAUCUGUUCAAAAGGCAAGCAGCCGUUGACAGGCUGGUCGAUGAUCUGGCCGCUACGCUCGGGAUCACACGGGGAGAGCUUCACUUUGUUGCCUCACCCAAAGGUCUUUUUCAAGGAGAUCUUGAAUUGGUCAUUAUUGGAGAAACCGUUACAUCAGGCCAUGGACCACCCGUCUUGAUCCCCCCAUUGGACACCAUAAAAGAGAUCAAGCCAGGCACCGGAAUUCAGUUCAUUUUGAUCGUCGAGAAAGAGGCCAUAUUCAACAUGUUGGUCAACAUGGAUUUUACUAGCGAUCCGCGCCUGGGUCCUUCUCUUCUCAUAUGCGGAAUCGGCUACCCAAGCCUCUCAACUCGGCAAUUGGCGUCCAAGUUAUCUGAACACCAAGAGCUGGUCAAACGUCAGGUGCCAAUUCUCAUCCUUGUGGACUGCGAUCCGCAUGGUAUCGAUAUUGCCAAGGUGUACAAAUUUGGUAGUCAGGCUAUGUCUUACCAUCCAGGCCUUUGUGCAAAGCAGGCUGAGUGGAUCGGUAUAAGUUCGUCAGAUUGGAACGAGUUCGGUAUAGACUCCGACCUUCUAUGUGCGAUGAGCCUUCAUGAUUAUAAAAAAGCAGAAAGUCUCUUGAUGUUGGACGUCUUACCAGAAAGCUGGAAGUGA